CCCUUCUUCCUCAGUGCAUUGCAAGCAUGGGAAGGGAGAUCACUGGAAGGGAGGAAGGAAUGGAACACGAAGAGGAGCUGCCUUCAUCUUCUUCCUUGGACUACUUGACACAGUGCAGGAUCUGCCAUGAGGAAGAGGACGAGAGGCGCGCAACCAUGGAGUCCCCUUGUGGGUGCUGUGGCUCUCUCAAGUAUGCUCACAGGGAAUGUGUGCAGAGAUGGUGUGAUGAGAAGGGGAGCACCCUCUGUGAGAUUUGCCUUCAGAAUUUCAAGCCAGGCUACACCAUGCCUCCAAAGAAAACUCCGGUGGUUGAAACGGCCGUCACUAUCAGUGAGGACAUGCAAUCUGUGGAAUCUCCCGAGAGCUUGAUUGAUGGUGCAGAUUACAACAGUUGUUCCUACUCUGCAGAUCGAGGUGCCAUGUGGUGCCGGUCACUGACGAUCACGUUCACCAUGAUGCUGUUGGUGUGGCAUCUAGUUGCAGUGGUGACGGUUGAAGCGGCAGAUCACUGCGCGUUCAGUCUCCUGACAAUGUACUUGCUUCGUGCUGCUGGUAUCUUGCUGCCAUUCUACGUUGUCAUGCGGCUGAUUCGUAUGGUCCAGAGGGGGCAGCAGCAAUAUCGCUUGCAGAUGCUGCAGGACCAAAGAAGAAAUGGAUCAACUAUGAAUCAUAUGCAUGGCCAGGAGGAGGAGCAGUUAGUAAUUAGUAUUCAUUAAGCCAACGAAUUUAACAAAUCAAAUAUAGAAGGCUGCACAGAUGUACAUUAUGUAUUGCUGGGGAACAAUUUUCAAACAGAACAUCAUUUGUAAGCUUCCAGUCUAUAAGUUGUACAGUGAAAGCAGCAGCACUUCCUCCCCAGCAUUUAUGUAUUGCUGGGGAAUAUAUUCAAACAGAACAUUGUUGUAAACCUUCAAUACAAAUAUAAGCUCAAAUAAGGGGAGGAUAAAAUGAAAUCAAGUUGGCAUAGUCAUGCUUAGUACUUUUACAUGGCUAGCGGAGUUGGUUGAA